GGCAUAUGUGGCGGAUCGUGCCCACGGCUGUUCGUUCUUUUUUUUCGAUACAACACAGCUCGAGCUAGCGAGACGGCGGUAACGACCACGGCUUGCACCUUGUGUACUUCUCACGCGCGUAAACACGCAGCCGGGCAGGCUAAAGCAAAGCGGCGUAUUGUGGCCACGAGACGAGUCGCAGGCUCACCGGCUUGAACGGCAAACGCGGUACGAUGUCGAAGGACGAGCACGAGUGCGCGAUACCCAACAUCAUACACGAUGUGAAUAGCGGCAAGAGCUAUACGAGGGGUCGCUUUUUCGGCAAGGGUGGCUUUGCAAAAUGUUACGAGAUCACAGAAUCAAGGUCACAUCAUGUGUUUGCCGGCAAGAUUGUGCCGAAAUCGUUAAUCACUAAGAGCAAUCAUAAGGAGAAAAUGACUCAAGAAAUUGCUAUUCAUCGUACUUUGAGUCACAGAAAUAUCGUUGGCUUUCAUGGUUUCUUUGAUGACAGUGACUACAUCUAUAUCAUCUUGGAGCUCUGUCGUAAGAGAUCGAUGAUGGAGUUGCACAAGCGCAGGAAAGCAUUGUCGGAGUGCGAAACUCGAUAUUACAUGAAGCAAAUCUUGGACGGAGUCUUCUAUUUACACCAACAUAAAAUUAUUCACAGAGACUUGAAGUUAGGAAAUCUGUUCUUGAACGACGAUUUGCAAGUAAAGAUAGGUGACUUUGGGUUGGCGACCAGAUUGGAGCACGACGGCGAACGGAAAAAAACUGUCUGCGGCACUCCGAAUUAUAUAGCGCCGGAAGUGCUAACAAAAGUUGGACACUCGUACGAGGCUGACGUGUGGAGUAUCGGUUGUAUAAUGUAUACUUUGCUCGUGGGCAAGCCACCGUUCGAGACAUCGAGCUUGAGGGAAACAUAUUCCAGGAUCAAGCAAGUGCAGUACAAAACGCCAACGAACAUAAGCAAGCCCGCCAUAAACAUGGUGGCCAGAAUGCUACAACUGAAUCCGUCCAAACGUCCUUCUAUUGCCAAGCUGAUGAAAGACGUUUUCUUCACUUCCGGAUAUUUGCCAACGAGUUUGCCGCUUUCCUGCCUGACAAUGGCACCUCGCUUAGACGUGCUGGAGUCACAUUGCACUCGCAAACCACUCGGCGAGAUGAACUUCAAUGGAUGCACGGAGACGGACAUCAUUACUUUCCGGAUGCCGAGCAGCCCAUCCAGUAAGCCUGCGAAGCCCAUUGACGUCAAUGAAGUGCAGAAAAUUAAUCACAAUAUCAAGAAGAUGCUCUAUACAUUGAAAGAACAGUUGGCUGCUGUGCUGAAGGCUAAGCCUGCUAGAGAAACAGUAUUAUCAACAGACGAAAUGACUGAUCCAGCGGCGCAACCUGUAGUUUGGAUAAGCAAGUGGGUAGAUUAUUCGGACAAAUAUGGCUUUGGGUACCAAUUGUCCGACGACGGAGUUGGCGUAAUGUACAACGAUGGUACGCGGCUAAUAAUGUUACCGAACUGUUUCAACGUACACUACAUCGACCGCGAUGGCGAGGAAUUGUACUACACAGUGAGAGAGUAUCCGACUGAUGUCGAGAAGAAGAUGAAACUGAUGAACUUCUUCGUGAAAUAUAUGAACGAGCAUCUGAUGAAGGCAGGCGACUCCAUCGCGAUAAAACAGAGCGACUCUAUCUCGAGAAUACCUUAUAUGCAUCAAUGGUUCAGGACUCCGACAGCAGUCGUGAUGCAGCUUACUAACGGCACUGUACAGAUUAACUUCUUAGAUCACACGAAAAUCAUCAUGUGCCCCUUGAUGGCGGCAGUCACUUACAUCGACGAGGAGAAGAACUUUAGGACUUACAGAUUCCAGACUAUUCAGGAGAGUGGUUGUUGCAGUGGACUCGCGAAGAAUCUUGUAUACGCCUACGAAAAGCUCGGGCUAAUGCUGAAGAGUCCCCAGGUCCGAUAAAAUUGUCCGCCCUGAGGGAAAACUACAGAAAGAGAGAGAGAAAGAUAUGGAAAAUAUGUGUGUAUGUGUGUAAGAGAGAGAGAGAGAGAGAGAAAGAGAAAGAGUGGAAUGAGAAAGAGCGUGAGAGGGGUGAGAGAAGAAAUAACAGAUGCCGCGCACUUAUCCGGCACCAAAAAAAAUUUAGGAACACCAUAUAUAUAUUUAUUUUUUUAGUAGCGCUAUCUUCGUAAACGAAAGGAACGAAUCGCGGUAUUUGUACAGACGUGUAGACUUUUGCUAGACAAUUUUUUUUCUUUCGUCUUUUUCCUUUUUUCUCUUUAUUUUUUCUCCCCCCUUUUUUUUUUAAUCACUGAGCGAGAUGAAAGGGCGGAGCGAGCGACAAAGGCGCGGCGCUCCACCGCGAUCGCGAAAAGGCACUUCAGGUGUCAUUAAGUACCAUUUCUACAAACGUUAUUCGUAGUUAAUUGAUUAGACUUCAUCGAUCUUCCGUCUAUAAGAUAGAACCGAGAAAAACUGCGAGAGAAAGAGAUAGAGAGAGAGAGAGAGAGAGAAAGAAAGAGAGAGAGAAAAAGCGCGACACUGAAGUCUCAGUUGUUCGAUGAUACGUAUACAUAUAUACAUGUUAUGGGCGGGAUCCCGAAGAGAACUUGUUACAGCUCGUUAGUAGCCCACCAUCACCCUCAUCUUGCGAUUUCUUAUCAUCCCCGAGAUUGCCAAUCCCGACGGGGGCUUCCCACAUCCCGCUCGCCCGCAACAAGGACUGCCCACGGUAUUUUGCUCUGACUUUACGAGUGAAUCAUGCGCGACUCCGGUUUAUUCACUGCGAAGGAGAAGAAAGAGAGGAGGAGAGGGAGGAGGAGGAAAACGGGGCGAAGACCUCGACGCCGGAGUUAAUCAUGAUUCGACGGAGUAGUGCAAUUUGAUGUCUGGAUCUGUUUGAUGUCUGUCCUAUUUUAGCCGAAGUGAAGAAUAAUGAAGAAUAGAGAAAGAAAGAAACGCGAGCCAAGGAGAGAGAGAGGGAGAAAGGUAGCUAGUCGACUAGCGAAGAGGUGACUGACAUGUAAAUGUUAAUCGCUUUUUUGAUGGUUCGCCCGAUAACUUCUUUUUCGUAUUUACUCGAGUAAUUCAGGUGCUACACUUGGACCACGAGUGCGUUAAACGUCGUUAAUCUCCGGACGAGAAUUCUUUAAUGUUGGCGUAACAGCGGCGCGCGUAUGAACACGAAAACACGUUUAGCGCAGAGAAGAUUAUCCGAGCUGAGUUUGUCGCGCGGUUCCGUUGCUUUUUUGUAAUGACUUGUAGUCGACUCAACUCUUACGCUUGCGUGACGUAUGGGUAAUUGCAAAAGUGCCUUACGAAUGAAUGACUCUUUACGCUUAAAUAAAUUGUACUCCUUCCUCCCGUUUUCUUCUCGCUAUUUCAUUUACGAACACUUUUCAUUGUCCGACGAGCAUUACUUUCCAUACAUAUAUAUUUACACAUAUAUUCAUAUUUUUUUCUUUAUAAGCGCUCAGAUUUUGUUUUGGAAUAUUGUCUUUUACGAAGUAGCUAGAAGUAUGUAGCCCGUUCUCGGCAAUGAUAUGCAAAGAUAGCUUAGAUCAAGAGAUUCAAGAGAGAAAUGGAGGGUGAGAGACGCUCUUAGUAUUUUUCGAUAAAUUUAUUUCGUCGGGAGCGAAUAAUGAAUGGCGGACGGUUGAAUUAACUGACAAAUAUUUUCCAGGACCGAAAUACGAACGAUAAUCAUGUCGAAUUGUGCGCGACACUCGAUGAAAGCGGUUCUCUUUUCGCGUACUCCCGACCGACUCGAGCGAGAAGAUCGAUAUAUCCGCUGUAGGGAACUUGAAUAUUUGAUGAGAGAGAGAGAGAGAGAGAGAGAGAGAGAGAGAGAGAGAGAGAGAGAGAGAAUCAGUAUCGGAACUCCGCUCUGUGUGUAUGGGGAUUAUUCCGCCUAGAGAGAUGACUAUUCCGAGAACUUUUU